AUGACGCUGGUCGAGUCUAUCGAGAUUCUGAGCCUACCCAACUUCGGAAUGAGGGGGAGGGGGGGUAGCGACGUCUCCAAAUUCCCCGCCGCAGGACGGAGGCGAACAACGCUGUCUGAGAUCUUGGACAGAUCUUCUAGUGCGGUUGACCACGGGGUGGGUGGCCGGCCAGUCCACGGGAUCGAGAGAGACUACACGACAAACCGGUUUUGCCUUGAGAAGAAAGAGGCGGUGUAUGGGUUUGGUCAUUCCUGUCAGUCAGGACAGCCCAUCAAUCUGCUUUUCAAUCCGAGUCCGUCUGUCAGUCUGCCAGUCAAUUCUCCCAUGGAACGUAAGAGAAGUCCGGGUGUUGCUGCGUCGGCUUUUCCCCUCUCCGUUGAGGCUCUGGGCCAAGGAAAGCUCACGGGCCUAAAUGUGCCUUUGGUCCGCGUGCCCAGGCCAGGCGAGUGCAGCCCAGUCUUACCCCGGUGUCGAAUCCGGGAAGCCUACCUCGCGCUGACCGCUCCCAACAGGGCAAAUGAACAAACCUCCAGUGCUCAAGACACUUACCUGUCCCCCCGUGGCGAAGACAAAAGCAGAACUCUCCUUCAAACCCAAGAUGCAAGAAAUAAGGAAGAAUCGCAAGUUCAAAAAGCGUUUCUCGUCCGCCCUGCUUUCACCAGAUCGUCAGGUCUUGGCGAGCGAACGAACGGUUCUUGGGCAUGUGGCUUAGGCUUUUUGUCCUCCCGCCAAGAACUUUCGCAGGUCGCACUCGGCAGCGGCGCCCCUUUCCCUUCUUCUGCCCCGGAAGUCUCGGUUCGGUACAAGACAAAAGAAUACGGACCUUCAGACGGAACCUUACAACACACACCGGCACACAAAAAAACGUUUGGCGCCCGUCCGUCGGUCCUGUUGGAUGACUUCAUCGCCGGGGGAUGUUCUCCACAGCCCACCGGACACCGCGCGUCCGGCCGCCCGGAAAGGCAGUCCCCGACUUUCCCAGGCAAUUCGAUGGGGAAUUACCUGUGGCGGGGUCCCACUUCUUCCCGGUACUCAGAUCUGGCCCGGGCCCCAUUCCCAGAUCUUGAAGCCGCGGGAAUUGUUUACAUACGGCCGCCCCAUGUUAUGUUUGCCCCUAAUUCGCCUGUCAUUCGUCAUCGGCCACCCAGAAAGCUGCAAAGUCGUCUGCCAAGCUGUGAUACCAACUUUACAAUUGCGCCCCGGCUCUCUGGUAAUGCCCGCCUGCCAACAUUCGACCUGUGCUUCCGUGGUUCCUACCACGGAUCAGCCUGUGCCCAGGACAUGGGACAGGUGACCAGGACAGGUCGCAAAGACCGCCAGACCCAAGCAAAAUUCAUGGCAAAGAGUGAGACGAUCACGCCCAAGGAUGCCGCUCCUCUUUGCUUUGAGCAGAGCGAGUGGACUAGAGGGUUUGCUGCUGGGAGACCACACGAUCAAUCCAGAACAUUUGAUUCUGGCGAAUGUGCGGGACACAUCGGUUCCAUAGCCCGCACACGCAUGCAGUCUCCCAAAGACAUCGUUCCCAAGACCGAUGCAUCAUGGCCUAUGCAUCCGGUCCUUACCGAUUCCUCCUGGUUCUCAACCAUCCCACCGAGCCUCUUCCCCUGA